AACUUAAAAACAAACAUAGAAUUAGUUUAAAAGAAAACUGUAUUAAUAGCAGUACAGCCAAUGAAACUAUUGGCCCUUUUAAUGAAGUUCCCAAUAGCGUGACUUACAACUGCUUGUGUGUUUCACUUAAUCAUGAAGUAAUUUGUAUAUGUUCGGAAUCUGCAGAAUACCAGGAAUGGCUGUGGUGGUUUCAAAAAGAGAAAAAAACGCAGCCCUCGCUUAACUACUUCCUCCAACAUCCAAGCUUAAAGACAGAAUACCGAGAAAUACUAGUUGAAUGGCUGAGCGAAGUUUGUUUAGAACACAGACUUCAAUCAGAAACUUUUUUUUUAGCGGUGAACAUUUUUGAUCGAGUCAUGAGUUGUGAAUGCAACGUGGAUACUUCAGUCUUGCAACUUUAUGGCACUUCAGCUCUUUCUCUUGCCUGCAAAUUCCAAGAACUAAAGCCCCUGCCUCCUAGCAAGUUAGCGGGAUUAACUUUAGGGGCCUGUACCACUGAAGCUGUGAUUAAACUGGAGUGCGUGAUGCUAAAUAUGCUCUCCUGGAACUUAAUAACGCCCACGUCAGCUUCAUGGGUUAUAGCCUGCCUGAAGUCCAAUAUAGGAGAAUCCUUUGCUCUACUCGAUAACGAACAAUACUUAAAAGAAAAAUUUGAAUUAAAUCCUCGUCAACUAAGCGAUUACAAUAAAGCAAUGGAGCUAAUUACGUUUGGGAUCAUGUCUAUUGAAUAUAAUAGAUUUCCUGCAUCUAUAGUGGCUUAUUCAGCACUAGAUCUCACUAGAUCCAGAACUAAAACAAAGGGUCUAAAUCCUUCGCACUGGUACUCAAAAGAGAUUUUUGAAAGUUGCAAGGUGUGGCUAAAGCAGUUCAUGCCUUUAAUAAGAAAACGUCACUUUAUUAAAAAUGAGGAUCUGAUUCAUCGCCAUCCUGAGAACUUGUUAUCCUCAUUUAAAAGUUUAAAAUGCAAAUAAUUGACUACCCUGCUUUAUAAAAAUUGCAGUAUGGACUGCAGCGACUCUAAAAAUCAAGAUGCACUUUGAAAGAAAAAAGGCGUAACAGAAAUU